GGGUGACCGGCUUCACACUCCAGUACAGUAGGUGGGGGUGUAGGCAGUAGGCACCUUUCAGKUGGUUGCCAUCCGCCAACCAAAUUUAAGAAGAAGUAAUUAUUCUACACAUUUCCUGUUUCUYGAGCACGAAUCCGUAGUAAUGACAGCAAAAUAACAACAUUUUUUUCCCACCCAUCCAUUUUCUCCCCAAAAUGUCUAAACUACAACAGAUCAAUGUGUUUCUCAACGAAAAAUUAACAGCAGUUCCUUUGGAGAUAUCCGUAGUAGUUAAAAAAACGAUCGCAGAGUACCAGGAAGAAAUCUACCGUUUGAAACGGGCGAAUGCACGUCUACGAAGACUGCUGGACUUGGUUUUCAAACCAGAGAUAAAAUUGCAUAGAUUAGCAGACCUCCAGCAGCUCACUCUCACUGAAGAGGUUGUUAACCCUGAGCGACAGCACUAUGAGCAGGAAUGGAGCGCCAGUCUGGGGCCAGUCGAGUCUGAUGCCGAAGARUCUAUAUGGAACUCUAUCAACACUACAACUGUAGAGAACCAAACAGAAUUUGAUGGUGAGCGCUACAGAGAGUCCGACUCAACCAGUGAAUAUCAGCCCCCAUCUGAAGUAAAUCCAGAAAGUGACAACGAUGAAAGUGAUAAUGUAAAAGAGGAUGAAGUGGAGAAUAGAAUACGACUGUCACGGUUAAAGCCUCUUAAAUCAAAGAGAGGAAGAGGACGGCCAAGGAAAGAAGCCAGGGAGUUGCCUGAUCUGAAAUGUGACUUGUGCGGAAAAUGCUUUGCGACAGCAGGUGGCCUGAGAAGGCAUCAACAAAAUUUGCACGGUGAAGAGAGACCAAAAGGACGGCCGAAGAAAGAAAACAGUGAGUUGCCUGACCUGAAAUGUGAUGUGUGCGGAAAAUGCUUGGCGACAGCACGUAGUCUGAAAAGGCAUCGACAAAAUCGCCAUCUURAAGAGAGACCAAGAGGRCGGCCAAGGAAAGAAACCAGUGWGUUGCCUAAUCUGAAAUGUGACGUUUGCGGAAAGUGCUUUGUGACAAGACGUGGUCUACAAAUGCAUGGGAAAAAUAGGCACAGUGAAGAGAGACCAUACAUGUGUGACAUAUGUGGACAAGGUUUCGUCUUGAACUGCUACCUGAUCCGCCACAUGAAGACUCACACGGAGGAGGGACAACAUUGCUGUACCGUAUGUGGCAAAUGUUUCAAUCACAAGAAUAACCUGAAAAAUCAUAUGGGUACUCAURCAGGGCCGUCUUUUAAAUGUGAUUUGUGUGGAAAAUCCUUGACAACAAAAGGAAGUCUGAAACUCCAUCAGCAAAAUCACACUGGGGAGAAAUCCUAUCCGUGCAAAGAGUGUGACAAAUCCUUCAGCAUAAAGGCAAGCCUGGUAUUGCAUAUGAGGACUCAUACAGGGGAGAAACCAUUCCGGUGCAAAGAAUGUGGCAAAUGCUUCAGUGACAAGGGAACCCUUACAAAGCAUAUGAUGACUCACACAGAGGAGAAACCACAUCGCUGCAACGAAUGUGGCAAAUGCUUCAGUCUGAAGGGAAGCCUGACUGCGCAUAUGAAGGUUCAUACAGGGGAGGGAGUUCAAUGUCAUUUGUGUGGAACUCACUUGAAGUUAGCAUCAAGUCUGAAAAGACAUCUGCGAACUCACAGAAUAAAUAUUCACAAUGACUAAGAACAAGAAACAAUGCCCCUUGUGUAAAAUGUGUUAGAUGGAAGAGACUACUAAGAGGACAUACCACUCAAGUAUGCUCUUGGUAAAAAGUACACUCCGCUAUCUUGGAAUCUGUUCAAUGGUCAUUUCAAUUCAUAGAACUUAUUCAUUGAUUGUUGAAGAUUUUUAUUUUGGGGGAAAAUGUAUUUAUUUAAAUGUACUGUAUUUAGGUACAUUUUCCCAUUCUAAAUAAACUAAUAUGGCAGCUUAAUUACUUUAAAUAAUUUUGAUAAUUAAGUGUGCCACCAGCAGGAGUAGUAACACCAAUGAUACAUUUUAGGUCAAUGAGGAAUUUCUGAAAUUGAGACCACAGAUUCGAAAUUCUAAGGUCAUUAACCCUUUAAAAAUAAUACAUGUGAUAUGAUUAAUCAUUUUUCUCACAAUGUAAUUUCCUUUAAAUUAAAUUGAGUUACACCAAGUGACACUGGAUUUAGACACCAAAUGAUCAAUGGAAUCCUCAAAAUAUAUUAAAUUCUAAAAGGAUGUGAUUGGCUAAUAAUUUUGUUUAAUAUAGACCCCUCCCCCGAUAACAAUGGAGGGAAUGCUCAAAGUCCUUGUAUAUC